AUGUCUAUCGUUACUCUAUUACUUUCGACAGCAUCGACGGCCAUCCAGCCAGUAACCGACUUGAUCACAACCGGGGCGCUCCUUACAGGGGUGUACCGCGUCGUUAUCAUUCCGUCUCGGGGCGCUUCUCGAGGCGGGUACAACGGUCAAGGUUACCGUUGCGAUAAUCACCACGGCAGCAUUGGCUACAACAGUAACAACGGAAACGGUUACAACAAUCACGGCAACGCUCACUACACUCAAAACGACUAUGAUUCCCGAACCUACGGCGUUAACGCCGCAUUUGAGGAAGCAUACGUGCUGAUACCGUUCUCCGAACCAGAACAGAUCACUACUCAGCCUGAGCAGUUCACUCAAGCUGAAGAACGCGAACAACUUGAUUACAACCUAGAAAUGGAAGCCUCGACGCUCGAAAAUAGCGUUCAAGACCUCGAAAAUGAGCGCGACUUGCUGAAGCAGAUGCUCAAAGAACUCGACGAGGAAGAAUCGUCCUGUACAAGCAACGCCGGAUGCUCGGCUCAAAUUCCCUCGGAAUCUGAACCGGUCAUUCGACCUUCGACAUACUCACCAUCACGCUCGCAGAUCCGAGCUCUCGCUACUCCGUCAACACACAGAUCCGAUCUUGACAGACGAUUAGCAGAGAUCUUCGGUCAGCCAAAUGAGCCACAAAACGACGAGGAAGAUUCAGAAGAAACGGACAGCUUUUUGACGACCGGCAAUGAAUCGCCACCGCCAAAACAUCCGGAUCUCCAUCAAGACGAAUACCAGGCGAAAUUGCAUCUCGCGAAGCAGGAAGACAAGCACGUUAUGCACAAAGGCAUGCUCGUGCCUACCAAGAAGACCAACUUACGCGUGAAAAUACUCCUCCACGAGCAGAAUAUUCUGCUGCAAAAAUCCGCUUCCCUCAUGAGCAAAAACUGCUUUCAUCGAACCAGAGAAUACCGUCAAAUCGUCUCUUUGACCAAAAAGCUGCACGACCGAUCGUCAAAAUACGCUUAUGCAGCCCAUGUGAUACUUUCCGGCUCAAAAGAAAGUAUCAAAGAAUUCAUCCAGCGAGAGCGUAACGCUGAGAACGAUGCUUCGUCGCAAAACGUCUCUCGGGGCGCCACUGGGACUUCCGGUGCCGCCUCGACCUCCGGUUACAAUCAGGCUCGAAACUCGAGCACUGUACAUAGAUCAAACAAAUCACAUCGACAACAGCCGGAGCCCAACGUGGACAACUUGUGA